CAAAUAAAUCCAAACAAACGCCUUAAUUCAUGCUCUCCGUUUUUCAUCUCAUUUCCAUUUCCGGCCGCUUGAUAUCUUCAGAGGCCAAAUCACCGCCGCAUAUACACAGAAGUUGAUACGUCGUGAGUUGCAGUUUCUUCAUUUAUGCUCAGCUUGAGCUAGGAUAUUUCUGCUGAUGACAAAAUCUUCAGGAAGGCUCAUAGUUCCCAGUUUUCAAAUUCAUCAAAUUCUGAUGUCGGUUUUGGACAAAGCAUCAUCAAGUUCUUCGGUUUCUUCUUCACCAUCAGUUUCAGUCAGGGAUAUUGAUCCAUUGUUGAAGGAUUUGAAUGAGAAGAAACAAAGUUUUAGACGGAACGUAGUUUCUUUAGCUGCAGAGUUAAAGGAAGUUCGUAGCCGCCUUGCGUCUCAAGAGCAAUCAUUUGCUAAAGAGACACUAAUAAGACAGGAAGCUGAAAAUAAGGCUAAAACCAUGGAAGAAGAUAUAUGUACAUUGCAGAAGAGAUUGGAGGAGAGAAAUGGUCAACUUCAGGCUUCAGCUUCUACUGCUGACAAGUACCUUAAGGAGCUGGAUUUUCUUAGAUCACAGCUUGCAGCCACUCAAGCAACUGCAGAUGCAAGCGCUGCAUCAGCUCAAUCAGCUCAGCUUCAGUGUUUAGCACUGAGAAAAGAAUUAGAUAUGAAGAAUAGUUCAUUAAAAGAGCAUGAGGAUCAUGUGAUGAGGCUAGGAGAGCAAUUAGACAAUUUACAAAAGGAUCUAGAGGCAAGGGAAUCUUCCCAAAAACAACUGAAAGAUGAAGUUCUUAGAAUUGAGCAAGACAUUAUGCAAUCUAUUGCCAAGGCUGGAGCUGGCAAAGAUUGUGAACUUAGGAAAUUGCUAGAUGAGAUAUCGCCGAAAAAUUUUGAGAAGAUCAAUAAACUUUUGGUUGUUAAAGAUGAAGAAAUAUCUAAACUGAAAGAUGAAAUAAGAAUCAUGUCUGCCCACUGGAAGCUCAAAACCAAGGAAUUUGAAACACAGUUGGAAAAGCAGCGACGAGCUGAUCAGGAGCUGAAAAAGAGGGUGCUGAAGUUGGAAUUCUGUCUUCAGGAAGCUCGUGCUCAGACACGAAAGCUGCAGAGGAUGGGAGAGCGAAGGGACAAAGCUCUGAAAGAACUGAGAGAACAGUUGGCCACAAAACAACAGUCUGUAGCUGCGGUUAAUAAUGAAAAGCAAAAUUUCUUUGAAUCUUCUGGUUUCAAGAUUGUAGUUUCCAUGUCAAUUUUGAUCCUGGUAGUAUUUUCAAAGCGAUGAAAUGAUUGUCCGAUCCUUAUGUAUAAAUGUCUUGAUAGUUUAGGGGAGUUGUAGAGGUCAUUUUGCUUAUAGAAAUGCACAGUAGAUAUUCUAUUUUGUAUGUAGCCGUUGUCAGAAGUGCCUUUUUUUGUGCUCUUGUUACUAGAAUCCUCAAAUGUUUUGAAUUGUGCUGGCAAUUCGGCUACAAUAUUUUAGAAUAUUAGAAAAUUAGAGGGUCAAAGUGUGCAAAAAGAAACCUUGGAGUAGAGUAUAUAAAUUAUAGGAUCUUCAGUGUUGAUGGUUUCAUUAGCUGCAUGACGCAAUGUAAUGAUAGAAAUGAACCAUUUCUCCUGUAUUCUUAAUGUUACUUGUGAACCUAGUCAAGGACAAUAAUGUGCAGUAGUUUUCUAAUACAGGUUUGCUAUUGCUGAGUCA